AUGAAAGAAGUGGUUGUAAGUGAGACACCAAAAAAGAUUAGUGGUUUAGAAUUCAGUGCUCUUAGUGCAUCUGAUAUUGUCGCUCAAUCAGAAGUUGAAGUUUCCACUCGUGAUUUAUUUGAUUUAGAAAAUGGUCGUGCUCCAAAAAUCGGUGGUGCUUUAGACCCAAAAAUGGGAGUAUCUUCCUCAAGCAUGGAAUGUACUACAUGUCAUGGUAAUUUAGCUUCAUGUCAUGGUCAUUUUGGUCAUAUUAAAUUGGCUUUACCUGUAUUUCAUGUAGGUUAUUUUAAAGCUACUAUUCAAAUCUUACAAGGUAUUUGUAAAAAUUGUUCUUCAAUUUUAUUAAAUGAUACCGAUAGAAGAGACUUUUUACAUGAAUUGCGUCGUCCUGGUAUUGAUAAUUUAAAGAGAAUGGCCAUUAUUAAAAAAAUAUUGGAUCAAUGUAAGAAACAAAGAAGGUGUCUUACUUGUGGCGCUUUGAAUGGUGUCGUCAAAAGAGCGGCAGCAGGUUCAGGUUCAGCAUCUUUAAAAAUUAUUCAUGAUACUUUCCGUUGGGUUGGUAAAAAAUCAUCACCAGAAAAAGAUGAAUGGGUUGGUGAUUGGGAAAAGGUAUUGGCAAACAACCCUGAACUAGAGCGUUUUGCUAAGCGUUCUAUGGAUGAUUUAAAUCCAUUAAAAACUUUAAACUUAUUCAAACAAAUAAGACCCGAAGAUUGUGAACUAUUAGGUAUAGAUUCAACUGUAAAAGCUGGUAGACCAGAAACAUAUAUUUGGAGGUAUUUACCAGCACCUCCUGUCUGUAUCAGACCUUCCGUUAUGAUGCAAGAUUCUCCAGCCUCUAAUGAAGAUGAUUUGACUGUAAAGCUAACUGAAAUAGUAUGGACUUCUUCAUUGAUUAAAGCAGGUUUGGAGAAAGGUAUUUCAAUUAACAAUAUGAUGGAACAUUGGGAUUAUUUACAGUUGUCUGUUGCCAUGUAUAUAAAUUCGGAUUCAGUUAAUCCUUCUAUGAUGCCAGGUGCUUCUAGUGGUGGUGCCAAAGCAAAACCAAUUAGAGGUUUCUGUCAACGUUUGAAGGGUAAGCAAGGUAGAUUCAGAGGUAACUUAUCUGGUAAGCGUGUUGAUUUUUCAGGAAGAACAGUUAUCUCUCCUGAUCCUAAUUUAUCUAUCGAUGAAGUUGCUGUCCCUGAUCGUGUUGCAAAAGUUUUAACAUAUCCUGAAAAGGUAACUCGUUAUAAUAGAGAAAAGCUACAAGCUUUAGUUAUUAAUGGUCCUAAUGUGCAUCCUGGUGCUAACUAUAUUUUGAAGGCAAAUGAAGAGGCAAGAAGAAACUUACGUUACGGUGAUAGAUUAAAGAUAGCCAAGCAAUUGCGUGUUGGUGAUAUUGUUGAAAGGCAUUUGGAAGAUGGUGAUAUUGUAUUGUUUAACCGUCAACCAUCACUUCAUAGGUUGUCCAUUCUGUCACAUUUUGCUAAAAUUCGUCCAUGGAGAACUUUUAGAUUAAACGAAUGUGUCUGUACACCUUACAAUGCUGAUUUUGAUGGUGAUGAAAUGAAUUUACAUGUCCCUCAAACUGAAGAAGCAAGGGCUGAGGCUAUGAAUUUAAUGGGUGUGAAAAACAACUUGUUGACUCCAAAAUCUGGUGAACCUAUCAUUGCUGCUACACAAGAUUUUAUUACUGGUUCGUAUCUGAUCUCGCAUAAGGAUACCUUUUUGGAUAGAGCUACUUUCACACAAUUACUAUCUAUGAUGUCUGAUAGUAAUCUUCAAUUUGAUAUCCCACCACCAACUAUUAUAAAACCAUAUUGUUUGUGGACUGGUAAGCAACUGUUUUCCCUAUUAAUUAAACCAAAUAAGGACUCUCCAGUUGUUAUUAACUUAGAUGCCAAGAAUAAGGUCUUUAUUCCACCAAAAUCAAAAUCUUUGCCAAAUGAAAUGUCACAAAAUGAUGGUUUCGUCGUUAUUAGAGGAUCUCAAAUUCUAAGUGGUGUCAUGGAUAAGUCUGUGUUAGGUGAUGGUAAAAAACAUUCUGUAUUUUAUACGAUAUUAAGAGAUUAUGGGCCACAAGAAGCUGCUAAUGCCAUGAAUAGAAUGGCUAAAUUAUGUGCCCGUUAUUUAGGUAAUAGAGGUUUUUCUAUUGGUAUUAGUGACGUUACUCCAGAUAAUGCAUUAAAACAAAAAAAAGAAGAAUUAGUAGAGAUUGCCUAUGCCAAGUGUGAUGAACUGAUUGAUUUGUUUACUAAAGGAAAAUUAGAAACACAACCUGGUUGUAAUGAAGAACAGACGUUAGAAGCUAAAAUUGGUGGUUUAUUAUCCAAAGUUAGAGAAGAAGUUGGUGAUAUUUGUAUUAAUGAAUUAGAUAAUCUUAAUGCGCCAUUGAUCAUGGCAACUUGUGGUUCUAAAGGUUCGAAUUUAAACGUUUCUCAGAUGGUUGCUGUCGUUGGUCAACAAAUUAUUUCUGGUAAUCGUGUGCCUGAUGGUUUCCAAGAUCGUUCUUUACCUCAUUUCAGAAAAAAUUCUAAAACCCCACAAUCUAAAGGUUUUGUAAGAAAUUCUUUCUUCUCUGGUCUUUCUCCUCCAGAAUUUUUAUUCCAUGCUAUUUCAGGUCGUGAAGGUUUAGUUGAUACUGCUGUUAAAACAGCCGAAACCGGUUACAUGUCUAGAAGAUUGAUGAAAUCCUUGGAAGAUUUAUCAUGCCAAUAUGAUAAUACAGUCCGUACUUCUUCAAAUGGUAUUGUACAAUUUACUUACGGUGGUGAUGGUCUGGACCCAUUAGAAAUGGAAGGUAAUGCACAACCUGUCAAUUUUAAGAGAUCAUGGGAUCAUGCUAUUAAUAUCACAUUUGAUAACUCAGCUCAAGGAUUGCUGCCUUAUGCUAUUAUUAACAAGACUAAUGAUAUAUUAGCACCAUUUGAAGAAAGAUUAAUAAGAUAUGAUAACAUUGGUACGCUUGUCAAAGCCAAUGACCAAGCCAAAGAUGAAUUCGUCGAUCAAUUAGAUUCUGAAAGAAACUUUUAUUGCUCGUUGAGGAAGUACAUGCAGGAGAAGGCAUCCAUUUUAGCCUCUAUCAGAAAAGACAAGGGAUUGAAAGAAUUAUCAUCAGAACCUGGUAAUGAAUUCAAGGAAAUGGACUUAGACGAAGGAGAAUCUUCAGAAGCAAGAUUUGCUGUUGAAAAGUUAUGUAAGAUUACUGAAAAAACUGUUGAAAAGUUCUUAGAAAUUGCUAUGUCUAAAUAUCGUCGUGCCAGAGUUGAACCUGGUACCGCUGUUGGUGCAAUUGGUGCUCAAUCUAUUGGUGAACCAGGUACACAAAUGACAUUAAAAACUUUCCAUUUUGCGGGUGUUGCUUCCAUGAACGUCACUCUGGGUGUUCCUCGUAUUAAAGAAAUUAUUAAUGCUUCAAAGGUUAUUUCCACACCUAUUAUUAACGCUGUUUUGGUCAACGAUAAUGAUAAGAGAGCUGCAAGAGUUGUUAAAGGUAGAAUUGAAAAAACGUUAUUGUCCGAUGUUGCAUAUUAUGUUCAAGAUGUCUAUAAAGAUAACUUGUCAUUCUUAGAAGUUAAAAUUGAUUUAAGUACAAUCGACAAGUUACAAUUAGAAUUGACUAUUGAAGAUAUAGCGGUCGCAUUAACUAGAGCUCCAAAAUUAAAGAUUCAAACAACAGACGUUCAAAUUGUUAGUAAGGACAAAAUUACCAUCAGCGUAUAUCCAGAAGGCUCAAAGGCAAAAUCAAUUUCAACCUCCAUGAAAGAGCCAAGUGAGAACGAUGUCUUUUACAGGAUGCAAACAUUACGCCGUGCUUUGCCACAAAUUGUUGUGAAUGGUUUACCAGAUAUUGCAAGAGCUGUUAUUAACAUUCGUGAUGAUGGUAAGAGAGAAUUAUUAGUCGAAGGUUAUGGUUUAAGAGAAGUUAUGUGCACUGAUGGUGUAAUCGGUUCAAAGACUACUACCAACCAUGUUUUGGAAGUUUUUAGUGUGCUUGGUAUCGAAGCUGCGAGAUCCAGUAUUAUUGGUGAAAUUGACUACACGAUGAGUAACCACGGUAUGAGUGUUGAUCCACGUCACAUUCAAUUAUUGGGUGAUGUUAUGACAUAUAAAGGUGAAGUUCUUGGUAUUACGAGAUUUGGUUUAAGUAAGAUGAGAGAUUCUGUUCUUCAAUUAGCCUCAUUUGAAAAAACAACAGAUCAUUUAUUCGAUGCAGCCUUUUAUAUGAAGAAGGAUGCAGUGGAAGGUGUUUCGGAGUGUAUUAUUUUAGGUCAAACUAUGUCGAUUGGUACUGGUGCGUUUAAGAUUUUAAAAAGCACUGAAAUUAAACCGGAUGAUCUAAAACCGAAAAGAACAUUGUUUGAAAAUUUGGUUGCUGAACCUGCAUUAAAGGUCAAUUAA